UCCCUCUGUUGUUGUAAUUUCUUACCCUAAAAUCCUCAUAGCUUUUCGACAUCGUUUUGAAGCUCCGGCGAGUUUUCCUCUCACUUCACUCUCUCACUAGGCUUCUUCCUUCCUUCUCCUCUUCCAGUUCUUUUUGCAUCGCUCCAUUCUGUUGAUUUCUUAGUGCAUUGAAAGCAGAAAAUGGAUGACAGCUUGUAUGAUGAGUUCGGAAACUAUAUCGGCCCAGAAAUUGAGUCGGACCAAGAAAGUGACAGAGAAGAUGAAGAUGAAGAGCUUCCAGACAGACCCACCGAGGAUGAAGCAGCAUCUGACGGUGAGGAUGAACCUGGUGCCACCAAUGGCUGGAUUACCACCUCCAAUGACGUUGAUAUGGAUAAUCAGGUUGUUCUUGCUGAGGACAAGAAGUACUAUCCCACUGCAGAGGAGGUUUAUGGGGAAGAUGUUGAAACUCUGGUCAUGGAUGAGGACGAGCAGCCUCUUGAGCAACCAAUUAUUAAGCCUGUUAGGAAUAUAAAGUUUGAGGUUGGAGUGAAGGAUUCGUCUACCUAUGUUUCUUCUCAGUUCCUUCUUGGCCUCAUGUCUAAUCCUACCCUUGUUAGGAAUGUUGCACUUGUGGGACACUUGCAACAUGGGAAGACUGUGUUUAUGGAUAUGUUGGUGGAGCAGACCCAUCAUAUGUCUACCUUUGAUUCACAUAGAGAGAAACACAUGAGGUAUACAGACACUAGGAUUGAUGAACAAGAAAGAAAGAUAUCAAUCAAAGCUGUUCCUAUGUCACUUGUACUCGAGGACAGCAUUGCAAAGUCAUAUUUGUGUAACAUUAUGGACACCCCUGGUCAUGUCAAUUUUUCUGACGAAAUGACUGCCGCGCUAAGGCUUGCAGAUGGUGCGGUGUUGAUUGUGGAUGCCGCUGAAGGAGUUAUGGUCAACACAGAGAGGGCCAUACGUCAUGCCAUCCAAGAUCGCCUGCCUAUUGUUGUUGUCAUCAAUAAGGUUGACAGGCUAAUAACUGAACUUAAAUUGCCCCCAAAAGAUGCUUAUCAUAAAAUCAGGCAUACUUUGGAAGUGAUCAACAAUCACAUGUCUGCUGCUUCUUCAACUGCUGGCAAUGUACAAGUUAUAGAUCCAGCUGCUGGAAAUGUUUGUUUUGCAAGUGCUACUGCUGGAUGGUCUUUUACUCUGCAGUCAUUUGCUAAACUAUAUGGGAAGCUGCAUGGAAUUCCUCUGGAUGCUAAUAAAUUUGCUUCUCGUCUUUGGGGGGAUUUUUAUUAUCAUCCAGAUACCAGAACUUUCAGAAAGAAACCACCUACUAGUGGAGGGGAACGAUCUUUUGUAGAGUUUGUGCUUGAACCCCUUUACAAGAUAUAUAGCCAGGUGAUUGGAGAACAUAAAAAGAGUGUGGAGACAACUCUUGCAGAACUUGGAGUUACUCUAAGCAAUGCAGCCUAUAGAUUAAAUGUCAGACCUUUGCUGAGGCUAGCCUGCAGUUCAGUUUUUGGUCCAGCCACUGGUUUUACUGAUAUGCUUGUUCAGCAUAUACCUUCACCAAAAGAGGCUGCAAUCAGGAAGGUUGAUCAUAUAUAUACUGGGCCAAAAGAUUCUACCAUUUACAGGGCCAUGGCACAGUGUGAUCCUUCUGGGCCCCUAAUGGUUAAUGUGACUAAACUGUAUCCAAAGUCUGAUUGUAGCGUGUUUGAUGCCUUCGGUAGAGUUUAUAGUGGCAAGAUACAAACAGGGCAGAGUGUACGCGUUCUGGGAGAAGGCUACUCACCAGAUGAUGAGGAGGAUAUGACUGUUAAAGAAGUAACAAAAUUAUGGGUGUAUCAAGCUCGAGAUAGGAUGCCAAUAGCUGAGGCUCCUCCUGGUUCCUGGGUUCUUAUUGAAGGUGUAGAUGCUUCGAUCAUGAAAACUGCCACUCUUUGUAAUGUGGAUUAUGAUGAAGAUGUAUAUAUAUUCAGACCACUUCAGUUCAAUACUCUGUCAGUGGUGAAAACAGCUACCGAGCCAUUAAAUCCAAGUGAAUUGCCAAAAAUGGUGGAGGGCCUGAGAAAAAUCAGUAAGAGUUAUCCCUUAGCAGUUACUAAAGUUGAGGAGUCUGGGGAACACACUGUGUUAGGCACUGGUGAGCUCUACUUGGAUUCAAUUAUGAAGGACCUGAGAGAGUUGUAUUCUGAAGUAGAAGUCAAGGUUGCUGAUCCUGUUGUCUCAUUCUGUGAAACUGUCGUUGAAUCUUCAUCAAUGAAAUGUUUUGCUGAAACUCCUAACAAGAAGAAUAAAAUAACUAUGAUUGCAGAGCCCUUGGAAAGAGGUCUUGCUGAAGACAUAGAGAAUGGAGUUGUUAGUACUGACUGGAACAGAAAAAAGCUAGGUGAAUUUUUUCAGACAAAGUACGACUGGGAUCUCCUAGCUGCACGGUCAAUCUGGGCAUUUGGCCCUGACAAGCAGGGUCCCAAUAUCCUCUUAGAUGACACACUUCCUACUGAAGUUGACAAGAACCUACUAAAUGCUGUGAAGGAUUCCAUUGUUCAGGGAUUUCAAUGGGGUGCACGAGAGGGACCUUUGUGUGAUGAGCCUAUUAGAAAUGUUAAGUUUAAGAUAGUUGAUGCAAGAAUUGCCCCUGAACCACUCCAUCGUGGAUCUGGCCAGAUCAUUCCAACAGCAAGACGAGUGGCCUAUUCAUCUUUCCUUAUGGCCACACCUAGGCUUAUGGAACCUGUAUACUAUGUGGAGAUCCAAACACCGAUAGACUGUGUUUCUGCAAUCUACACAGUGCUAUCCCGCAGACGUGGACAUGUCACAGCUGAUGUUCCUCAACCAGGCACACCAGCUUAUAUUGUCAAGGCAUUUUUGCCCGUCAUAGAGUCUUUUGGAUUUGAGACAGAUUUGAGAUACCACACACAAGGUCAAGCAUUUUGCCUCUCAGUUUUUGAUCAUUGGGCUAUUGUUCCUGGAGACCCUCUGGACAAGAGCAUUGUUUUACGUCCACUUGAACCAGCACCAAUCCAGCAUCUUGCCCGUGAGUUUAUGGUGAAAACAAGGCGUAGAAAGGGAAUGAGUGAGGAUGUUAGCAUCAGCAAAUUCUUUGAUGAGGCUAUGAUGGUGGAACUGGCACAGCAGGCUGCAGAUCUUCAUCAACAAAUGAUAUGAUUCUACCAAAAUUCGAAGUUCUUUGUAGCAUUUGAUGUUUUUGUUCUAAUUUUGACAUAGCCAUAUAACAUCCCGUAGGCAACCUCACAUGUCACUGUAGUGUCCACAUUUAUCUUCUUCCCACCUGGAAAAAUGGAAAGGUAAAGCCUUUUGUGCUUGAACCCUUGAACGAAAGAGUGGUUGGCAAGGAUAUUGUAACAUAUUGUUUUGUCCCUGUGAAAUAGUGGAUGAUUGCAAUUUCCA